UUGAGUUUUCAGUACACCAUGUCACUCUACUGGAAAUUGGCUGUACUUCUUGUGAGCUGUGUUCUUUUUGGUACCAGUCAUGCUGGAGGAUCUUGUGGACCAAACAGGACACAUGCCUGUGUACCCACCCAAUUUUGUUCCGAUGGUCGCAGUGUAGUAACAAACUCAGCUGCCUACUUUAAUAAGCAGUGUUUUUCAUUUGAGACUUGCUGUGAUGUCAAUAAGAUCGUUUUUGGAAAGCGUUUUAGUGGAGGACAAUUUGUGGCAGGUCCAUACGAACAAGGUGGUAUAACCAGUGAGCCACCCAAUAAUACAGGUGGAAAAAUGUUUACAACAAACAGUCAGAUACCCGGUAAAACAGGUGGUAAAGUUUCUACAACAAACAGCCAUACUCCCAAUAAUUCAGUUGGAAAGACAUUUACAAAUACAAAUAAUCAUGGUCCCAGUAAUUCAGAUGGAAAAACUGUUGCACACAGUACAAAUAACAUCGGAAAGACUAAUACGCAUUAUAAUGUAGGACAAACUGGAUCAAAUAAUGGUCAUUUUCACAGUAAUUCGGAAAAAACUUUUAGAGGAAAUCCCUCUACGACUAACUUCCAAAAUAAUUAUAAUCAAAAUCAUCAUAUUCAAAAUCAUAGUCGUAAUCCCGGCCCUAACUUUAGUAGCAAUGGUGGAGCUUAUAUUGCAGGAAAAACUCUGCCAAAUUACAAUACAGUAAAAAAGGCGGCACCUUCUAAUAUUAGUCCUAAUAACUCAGAGGAAUACAUUCAAACCGAAAGCAAUCGUGGUGGUUUUGAACCUUUAGUAACAAAUUUUAGGGUGCAGUAACAAAAAUUCCAACUCAAUCUGUGCCAUCUCAC